AUGAACUUUUUGACAAGUCAGUCAAAACUUUGCAAGAUUAACCAAGUUAACUCGGAGCCUGAGGUGAACCCUAACUCCGCCGAUCCUGAUGCCGGUCUAGGCUUGUAUUCGCCGGACGUCAAGCAGAUCAGAGAAGAAAUAUUGGACAUCUUAGCUGAACCGGAAACUGUUACAGACCGUCUACCGGAGGUUCAGGAUCUGGACUCGGUAAUCAGGAGCUUCGAGGAAGAGAUUGUUCAUCCGUUAACUCAGCCUCAACCAGACCUCUGCUACCUUCUAGAAGCUUCGGAUGACGAGCUCGGCCUCCCUCCCACCGCUUCAGCUUCUGAUGACCAUUUUAACGCCAAAAUUGACACGCCAGAGAACGCCGCUGGAAUUAGAUUUUUGUUUCCAUGA